AUGGAAGAGUCUCUUUUUCCGGUCUACGUCUACAGCCGGGGAUAUGCGACUCUAUGCGACAGUCUGCAGAGCAAAGUGCCGAGACGGGCUAGUAUGGUGCACUCCCUGAUAGAAGCUUAUGGACCUCAGUCACAUGAGAGGGUUGUAAAGCCUCGAGUUGCCACCAUGGAGGAAAUGGCGACAUUCCACACCGAUGCCUAUUUGGAGCACCUUCGCAAGGUCAGCGAAGAAGGGGAUAACGAUGAUCCGGAGACUCUUGAAUAUGGCCUUGGCUACGACUGCCCCAUCACUGAAGGUAUCUAUGAUUAUGCAGCUGCUGUGGGAGGAGCCACGUUAACUGCAGUUGAACAGCUAAUGGAAGGCAAAGCUCGUAUUGCUAUUAACUGGCCAGGAGGGUGGCACCAUGCUAAGAAAGAUGAAGCUUCUGGAUUUUGUUACCUUAAUGAUGCAGUAUUGGGGAUUCUGAAACUGCGACAGAAAUAUGAAAGAGUCUUGUAUAUAGAUCUGGAUUUACAUCAUGGAGACGAGUUUGAAGAUGCGUUCAGUUUCACCUCUAAAGUCAUGACCGUGUCCCUGCACAAAUUUUCACCGGGAUUCUUCCCUGGGACGGGCGAUGUGACUGACGUUGGACUGGGCAAAGGACGAUACUACAGCGUUAAUGUUCCAUUAGAAGACGGAAUAACGGAUGAUAAAUAUUAUCACAUUUGUGAAAGUGUACUAAAGGAAGUGUUUGCGGCAUUUAACCCUCUUGCUGUUGUCCUGCAACUAGGAGCCGAUACCAUUGCUGGAGACCCUAUGUGCAGCUUUAAUAUGACUCCAGAGGGAAUUGGAAAGUGCCUGAAGUAUGUCUUACAGUGGCAGCUUCCUACACUCCUACUCGGAGGCGGAGGAUACAAUCUCCCCAACACUGCCCGUUGUUGGACAUAUCUAACCUCAGUCGUUCUAGGACGGACGUUAUCAUCUGAAAUCCCAGACCACGAGUUCUUCACAGAUUUCGGCCCAGAUUAUGUUCUGGAGAUCACACCGAGCUGCCGACCUGAUCGUAACGAUGCUCAGAAACUACAGGAGAUCCUAGGCUCAAUAAAAGGUAACUUGAAACACGUGGUUUAG